UCUCUCUCUCUCCCGCGUAUUCGCUUCGUUUUGGAUUUUUUUUUUUUCGAUUUUUCUCGGAAUAAAUCCAUAAUUUUUUGGUUUUCGAUCUGGAAAUAGAGGUUUAGAUCUCGUUGGCGGGUCUAAUUGGAGUUCUUGGUUGAAAGUCAGAGUUUUUGGGUGGAUUUUGGGGGUGAAAUCAUGGUAUUUGGCAGUAGAUUUGACGAGGAUGAGCAUUGGUGAUUUGGUGGUCGAUUUGAGGGAUGAUGGGUUUGAAGAGAUGGGGGUUUGUUGUGUUUUGUUUGAUUUUUGUUUCGGUUCUGAUGCCGAGGGGCUUUAGAGGGAGGCAGCGGACGGGGGAGCUGUUGCUGGGCCUUGGGGUUUCUUCUCAGGAGGUAGAUGAGGACACGGUGGGAAGGAUGUGGAGAAAUUGUGGGCUAGAUCCUCUGAACAUAAAUAAUGUCAUGAAAGGUCAAUACCUUUCUAUCCUAAGGGACAUUAAUAGUGAUUCUGCUGAAACCAAUCUUAAACUAAGAUCUCUUAUGAAAGUUGGUAUGCAAGAGGCUGACACUUUUAUCGAGUGUAUGAGAAAGCAAGACCUCCAAUUUCAUGCAUCUGAACAGGAUGAUAAUUCAAGGAACAUGUUUGUUGAUUAUCAGGAGUCAAGACAUGGUUGGGAUCCUGCUGCUAGAAGGCAUCUGGCCAGUCAACCUUUCCAAGUCAUGGCCCCUCAUCCAGCGCUAUCUCCAUCUCCAUCUCCAUCAUCUUUAGCUCCAGGCCCAUCCCCAGAUCUUGCCUCAGUUUCAUCCCCAAGUCCUGCGGUCUACUCACCUACCCCAGCACCAGCAUUUGAUAUGCCAUCAGAAAGGCCUCCAACUCAUGAUGAUCGAUCCCCUGCCCCAACUCCUCUAGGCAAAUCAAAUUCUCACAGUGAAAACCUAAAUAGUGCUCCAGUUGCGCCACCUAAUUCACAAAGCAAUUCUAAUAAAACAAUCAUCAUUGCUGUGACCGUGACAGCAGUGGGGACAUCAAUUUUUACUGCACUUCUAUUUUGUUGCUAUAUUAGAUGUUGCAGAAAGGAUUCUAGUUCAGGAGCUUCCCAUAGAGAUGACAGACCCCUUUUGGCUUUGAGCUUAAGUGAUUUCUCAGGUUCUUCUCAAAAGUCCUAUGGUUUUGGUGGUUCAAUAAAUGGUAAUAAAUUGGGGCCUUUAUCUUUCAAGACGAGCUCGAACCAAAGUGGUCGUAUAUUAUCCUUCAAUGGUAGCUUGGGGGAAAACCCAGCGCCAGGAGUAGUCUUGGGUAUUUCAGAGUCUGAACCUGGCCCUCCUAAUGCCCUGAUUGAUUCUGCUGCACCAAAACCACCACUACCUCCCCCCGCGCCUCCAGUCCAGAAUGCUACUCCACCUCCUGUUCCUGCACCUCCAGUGCCCCCUCCGAAACCUGGGCCUCGGCCUCCUCCUCCACCAAAGAAUGCCAUUCCUCGUCCGCCACCUAAAAGUUCAAUUCCUUCAAGAGCUAAGCGUCCCGCACCUCCUGGACCAAACCACUCUGGAGAUGCUACUUCCAGUCAACAAUCUUAUGAUGAUGAUGCCAGUGGCUCUAAGACGAAGUUGAAGCCAUUCUUUUGGGAAAAGGUCCUUGCCAAUCCUGAUGAUUCUAUGGUGUGGCAUCAAAUUAAAGCGGGUUCAUUCCAGUUUAAUGAGGAAAUGAUAGAAUCACUCUUUGGUUAUAAUUCUGCUGAUAAAAGCAAGAAUGGGGGCAAUCAAGUGUUAAAAAAGAUCAAUCCUGCUCAUCAAUACAUUCAGCUUCUUGAGCCCAAGAAGUCACAAAAUUUGGCAAUUUCACUCAAGGCAAUGGGUGUGAAGGUUGAAGAAGUUUCUGAGGCACUAAUGGAAGGGAAUGAACUUCCUUCAGAGCUACUUCAGAUAUUGUUAAGAAUGGCACCCACUGAUGAUGAAGAAUUCAAACUGAGGGUAUAUACUGGUGAUGUUACCUUGCUUGGCCCUGCAGAACAGUUCCUCAAGGUCUUGGUGGAUAUUCCAUUUGCUUUUAAAAGGAUGGAUGCCUUAUCAUUCAUGGCUUCUUUCUCAGAGGAUACCUCGACCUUAAAGGAUGCUUUUGAAAGUUUAGAGGUAGCGUGCAAAGAACUAAGAAGUAGCCGUUUGUUUCGCAAGUUGUUAGAAGCUGUUCUUAAAACUGGGAAUCGUAUGAAUGUUGGCACCUUUCGUGGAGGGGCAGAUGCAUUCAAACUUGAUACACUUUUGAAGUUGUCAGAUGUUAAAGGCACAGAUGGGAAGACGACACUAUUGCACUUCGUUGUUCAAGAAAUUAUUCGAUCUGAAGGGGUCCGUGCUGCACGUAUGGCUAGUGAGCAAGGGAGCAUCUCUAGUUUGACCACUUCUAGCUUGGGUUCCUUUGAUUUAACUGAAGAUCCUCCCCAAGAAAAUGGAGACUAUUAUCAAACCUUAGGCCUUAAGGUUGUUUCUGUUUUAAGCACUGAACUUGAGAAUGUCAAAAAGGCAGCAACUUUGGAUUCUGAUGUCUUGACAAGUACAGCGGCAAACCUUGGCCAUAGAUUGGUAAAGGCAAAGGAGUUCUUGAACACAGAUAUGAAGAGUUUGGAGGAGCAAAGCGGUUUUCAUCGUUCUCUCAAGUCUUUUGUAGAACAUGCUGAAACUGAUAUUGUGUUUUUACUGGAAGAAGAGAAGAGAAUUAGAUCAUUGGUAAAAAGUACCACAGAUUAUUUUCAUGGAAAUGCUGGAAAGGAUGAAGGCUUGCGACUGUUUGUUAUUGUUCGAGAUUUUCUUGGGAUGGUAGAUAAGGCGUGCAAAGAAGUGAAAGAGUCAUCGAAUAAGAUACAGAAACAACCAAAAACCAAGGGAGAUCCAGCAAUAACAUCUCUAAAAGACCACAGGCAGCGUCUUUUCCCAGCGAUUAGGGAUCGUCGAGUGGAUAGUUCAAGUUCUUCUGAUGAAGAUUCAUAGCCUUUGUCUUAGAGGUAGCCUAAUCUAGCAUCACGGACAACUUGCGAAUCACUUCUUUUUAACCAGAGAUGAUAUCACAUGGAAUCUCCGAAAUUUCUUCCAUAAUUCUUUGAUUGAUGAACUUGGAACUGACCAAUAUCUAGUUAAGAUUGAGGAAUAAUGCAAAGAUGGGAGGAUAAAGUUGGAAAAAACAAGGUAUUGUCCAUUUGCCGCCUAGGUACAACUUGAUAAAUUACUGGUACUAAACUGUUAGCUGUUAGAUCUGUUCUUUGAUUUUGUACAGGUACCAAGGUAAGGACUUCAUUGUGUAUUAGAAACAAAACUGCUCCUUUUUAUUGAUUUCAGUUAGGGAAAAUAGAAAAGAAAUUUGUAGGUGAUGAUUUUUUUAUUUCUGAUAUUGGUUUUACAUUCAUCCAACAGAAAAAAGGACUGCUGAGAAUAUCUGUAAUGGCUUCUUGUCUGUUAAGUAUAUUAUCAGCAGUUCAAAAUUUCAUAUUAAAAGGCAAAAUC